AUGUUUGCAUUAGUUUUUUGGACGGCUAAUAAAACAACUAGCAUUAUAGAAGUAAAAAACUUGCAUGCAGAUGUAGAAGAGGGAAAUUUAACGAUUGCCGAAUAUAAAGAUGGAAAAAAAUACAAGGCAAAAGUCGUGCUGAAAAGUUACGAUAAAGAAUAUUUGAGUAAGGUCACGGUUGACACGGAAGGAAAGAUAAUGGCGAAGAAAACGCAAAAAGAGGAAGUUGCAAGAUCCUUGAACGAAAAGGUUGGAAAAAUACCCAGCAUCUUUGAUCAACCUUCAACCAGCAAAAAGACUUUCAAAGAUUUAGAAUUGUCACCUGAAGGAAAAUCAACUGCCUGUAAGAGAACGAGACAUGAAAGUGCAUUGAAUGAUAAGAGUGAUACCGAAAAAGCACGCGAUCUCAAACACAAAAACAGUUUACAAAAAAGCAAAAGAGAGCACUCGGACAGCAGUGACAGUGAAGAAGGCAGAAAGAAAUCUGUGCCUUAUAAGAGAGAACGUGAGCGAGAACGCGAGGAGAGUCGACGCGAACGAGAACGCAAGGAGAGAGAACGCGAGCGAGAACGUGAACGAGAACGCAAGGAAAGAGAACGCGAGGAAAGAGAACGCGAGGAAAGAGAACGCGAGGAAAGAGAACGCGAGGAGAGAGAACGCGAACGAGAACGCGAGGAGAGCGAACAAGAAUUUCGGAGUGACGACGAUGAUGAUUUUUUGGGUGAUGACUAUCACGAGAAUAAUGAGAGACAGAGACCUGUAGACGUAGAUCCGUUGGAUGAAUGUCGCCGAGCUGGCAAUGGAAAAGUUCAACUAUGCAGGUGCUAUAAUGUGUGGAUCAACCAAGCAGAUGUGACUUACAUGAAUCGUUGGAUUGAUUCACCAAGACAUAUGACUCGACACCUACUCAAAAUUCUAGUCGGAGAGCACAAUUUAAUUGGCAUGUGUGCAAGAGGAAGAUCCAAUAGGAAUGAUGGAGUUCCUGAGGAUAUAAUGGCAGCUGUCGAAUAUUACGUCAACAGGAGAUGCAGUUAUACUUUUAAAGUAGUGGAGUUUACGAACGUCAUUAAUAUGAUGAUUGCGUCGCUCCGUAACCCUAGAAGAUAG